ACAAAACACUUCCACGCGCCUGGAGACAGCACAAAGUGUUCAACAGCACGAGCUCGGCAUAAGCGCGAGAUCAGAAAGAAAACUAUCUAUCUACCUAUAUAUUGCGAGAUACUCUCUCUGUACCCUACCCUAUAUUAAAUAUUGCACGUGCUGGGCUGAACAGUGGCGCACGAGGAUUAAAGAGCGAGCGCAUCGUGGCUGUGUGCGGUUUGGUAUGCACGAGGACUAAACGGAAAACGGACAGAAUUGAACUCCUGCUUUGUCACAAAGAGGAUUCAAUGAAAAUGUCUGUCUGUGUCCAUGAGAACCGCAAGUCACGAGCCAGCACUGGCUCCAUGAACAUCUAUCUUUUCCACAAGUCCUCAUACGCCGACAGUGUCUUGAUGCACCUGAAUGUCCUGCGGAAGCAGAGGCUAUUCACAGACGUCUUGCUGCAUGCAGGCAGCCGCUCUUUCCCAUGCCAUCGCGCCGUGCUGGCUGCCUGCAGCCGAUACUUUGAGGCAAUGUUCAGUGGAGGGUUAAGAGAGAGCCAAGCCAAGGAGGUGGACUUCAGAGACUCUAUACAUCCAGAGGUGUUAGAGCUGCUCUUGGAUUACGCUUACUCAUCCCGAGUAGUCAUCAACGAAGAGAAUGCUGAGUCUCUGCUGGAGGCAGGUGACAUGCUAGAGUUCCAGGACAUCCGUGAUGCCUGCGCUGAGUUCCUUGAGAAGAACCUUCACCCGUCCAACUGCCUUGGCAUGCUGCUUUUGUCUGAUGCCCACCACUGCACCCAGCUGUCUCAGCUUUCCUGGAGCAUGUGUCUCAGCAAUUUCCCAGCUAUCUGCAAGACGGAAGAAUUCCUGCAACUGCCCAAGGACAUGAUAGUCCAGUUGCUCUCGCACGAAGAGCUGGAGACGGAGGAUGAGCGGUUGGUCUAUGAAUCGGCACUUAAUUGGGUCAACUAUGACUUGGAAAGGCGACAUUGUCACUUACCUGAGCUUUUGAGGACUGUACGCCUGGCCCUCUUACCUGCCAUCUUCCUCAUGGAGAAUGUCUCCACAGAGGAGCUCAUUAACUCACAAGCCAAAAGCAAAGAGCUGGUGGAUGAAGCAAUCCGCUGCAAGCUGCGUAUUCUGCAGAAUGACGGCGUGGUCAACAGUCCUUGUGCCAGGCCACGUAAGACUAGCCAUGCCCUUUUCCUGCUAGGUGGUCCUACCUUUAUGUGUGACAAGCUGUAUUUAGUGGACCAGAAGGCCAAAGAAAUCAUCCCGAAGGCAGAUAUUCCCAGUCCACGGAAGGAGUUCAGUGCUUGCGCUAUUGGCUGUAAAGUCUAUGUGACUGGUGGUCGGGGCUCAGAGAAUGGUGUGUCCAAAGAUGUUUGGGUGUACGAUACCUUACAUGAAGAGUGGUCAAAAGCAGCUCCCAUGCUAAUAGCUCGAUUUGGGCAUGGUUCAGCCGAACUGCGCCACUGCCUGUAUGUAGUCGGAGGUCAUACUGCUGCAACUGGUUGUCUUCCAGCUUCACCAUCUGUCUCGUUGAAGCAGGUGGAGCAGUUUGACCCAGUUGCCAACAAGUGGAGCAUGGUCGCACCCCUGCGCGAGGGCGUUAGUAAUGCAGCAGUAGUCAGCGUAAAGCUCAAGUUAUUUGCUUUCGGAGGAACAAGCGUAACCCAUGAUAAGCUACCAAAGGUCCAGUGUUAUGACCCAGUGGAAAACCACUGGACUGUCCCAGCAUCUUGCCCGCAGCCUUGGCGUUACACAGCAGCUGCUGUUUUGGGCAACCAGAUCUUUGUCAUGGGUGGCGACACUGAGUUCUCAGCUUGCUCUGCGUACAAAUUCAGCAGCGAAAACUACCAGUGGACUAAAGUAGGUGAUGUUACAGCUAAGCGAAUGAGCUGCCAGGCAGUAGCCUCCGGGAACAAACUGUACGUUGUCGGUGGCUAUUUUGGAACGCAGCGCUGCAAGACGCUAGACUGCUACGAUCCCACACUGGAUGCCUGGAACAGCAUAACCACUGUACCCUAUUCCUUGAUCCCCACUGCCUUCGUUAGCACCUGGAAACACCUCCCAGCCUGACAAGUGCAUGUCCCUUCACCUUCCUUCAUCCAUUAAGAAGUCCUGUGCGAUGUACUGGAUUCCAGCUGUGACAAUUUCCUGCUUUCUGUGCAAUCUCAUCAAAAGACGAUGACGACGACUUCUUAUCCAUCAAAAGCUCAACGUUAAUAUUGAAGAUAUCCAGCAGCGAAGCUUUCACUACUUUAUUUUUUUUGGAUGACAUUGAGUGUUGGAGAAAUCUUGCUUUAAACGUUCCAUUGUCUAGUCGUUUUUGUGGAGCUAUGACAACCAAAUGAACCAACUGCUAAUAUAAAAAGGCCAAUUAGCGCCCGGCAUGUUUCGCUGUCAUGUCUGUGUGUGGGCGCAUACCCACUAUUUUGUUCUGGGAUGAAAAUGGUGUGGUAGCUAAAACUACUUCUCUGUGUAUCUCACAACAAGAACUUCAGCCAGUGGAACUGACCGAUUUCCAAAAUGAAAGCAUGAAGACGCCUUCUGAAUAUAUAUAAAGUAUAUAUAAAUAUAUACAAAGCGCAUUUCUUCUUCAGAACUGUUUCACAGACACGAGAGAAAGACUUAUUUAUCCCAAGAACGCACAAACUAGGUUUUUUUUUCUGUUGACAUGAAACAGACAAGUUGUUUGUCUCCCAUGUCUGACUCUGGUCUGUUCCUGACAAACAAACCUCCUCAACCUGGUGUGAAACUUGCUGUGAGAAGGCAUCCUGAGGUGAACCACAUUGCAGAUGUGUGUUUGUAUAUGUGUUUGUAUGUGGAAAAGAUCAGCAUGUUCCAGCAUGUUUUCCUGAGUGAAAGGAUACCUUUGACUAUAUUAUUCAUUCUUCUUCCAAAAAACAAAAUCCAAAAACCUAAGCAUGUCCACCGAGAGCUUGGAUGGAUGAGGAGCAUUACAGAAAGCAACUGUUGUUUGUAUCUCAACAGAGACACUGUCAUUUUUGUCAACGUCUCCGAAUGAAUUCUAGACAAGAGAACUUUUUGGUAUAAAGUUAGGCUGCUUAACUUUGUGCUGAGUGUUCCUGUUCUCGCACAUACAGCCUCAAUAUAAAUGUGAAAGGCAGAAUGAUGGAGAGAGAAAAAGAGAGAGAGGGAGAAAAAAAAAAGGUGAGAGUCGUUCUGUCUGCCGGAGAGGUAAUGUCUCCAUGGCAACAGCGAACAACCUGAACUGAAAAGAACUAUCACAGUCUAUUCAUAGUCUUAAUUUAUGAGGUUUUUUUUUUUCCAUUUAUUAAUUUGACCUGUGUAUGUUCGGUUUUGUAUUUAUUGAUUAAAAAAAAAUGCUUGCGUACAUAUCCGUCUGUAUAUAUCCAGCUGUACAGAAUUUGGCGAGUGUUUUCGUGCUACGCAUGGCCCGUACCGCUUUGUGUUCCAUAAGAACUGCUCUUUUGCACACGUCUGCGUCACGCCGUAGCCGAGGCUGAGUUUUUCAAGGGGUCAGAGAAUCCUGGACCUCUGGUUCGACUGACCUGAAAACGGGCAGGUUUGGGGUCUUAGGUCAUCACCCGGAUAAGAAUGGGAGGAAUGAAGCUGUAGGAUCAGAUUACCCAGGAUACAAUGAAGCAGUUGGUUUGGGAAGCCAUGGGGGAAGGGCUGGGGGUUAAGGAUUCAUACUGUGAUCGAGUGCCAAAAAAAAAGUUUUUGUUAUGGCUCAAGAACUAUAGUGUAUCAAACCAAAUGGGGCUUGAAUUCCAACAACCAAAACCUGUUCAAGAAUGUCAAUGAUUCUGAUUGGCUGAUUUUGAAAACCUAAGCAUAUAUGUGAAAAAAAAAAAAAAACAUUUCAAGCUGCAAUAAUUUCAACCCACUGAACUACUAUGUUUGGUGAAAACCUCGGCCUUUAACUGACUGCAGCAGCACACAAUAUUAGCGUGGCCGCUUUUAAACUUGGUGUCAGUCUAAUUUGAGAUGACUGAUUAGGACACCAAUAGUAUGGAGCGAGAAAUGUGACAUCAGCAGCUGCUCCAAGAACAGCUGGAACUGUCACUGUUGCCCCUGAGCACAGUGACAGGUGCUAAUUAUUAUUGUUAACACCCUCAGCAUAGACGUUUGCUUUCUUUUCUCUAAUCGAAAGUCUUAACUCAUUGAAACGGUCCUUGGACUGCUGUUAAAUGUCUUUAGCACAGAUAUUGAGAGUGGCAUUGGCCUGUAAAUUUGCCUUUCCUCAGGGUUUUCUGUACUACCAGUCCUAAGUGUUAUGAAGGGUUUUUUUUGUCUAAAACUGGCUAUGUUUGGUAAAUAAUGCCACAAAUAACCACGGCAAUGAUGCUACAUUCCGAAGGUCAUGUUUGUACAUACGUAUCACAGGAUAUCGUCUCAAUGGAAAGUCAUGCUACAGUUUUGCAGGGUGAAGAGGGUAUGUUUAAGUGAAAAGUUCUGUAUGCUGUAUGUCAAGCUAGCUUUCUAGAUCUCUGUCAAACCAAUAGGAGGGAAUAUUUUUGAAUAAGGUUUCCUCCAAAAAGGAUUGCGAGAUAGGAGAAAAGAAAGAGAGAGGUCAAGCUUCACAUUCCUUCCCAGACCUUCUUCCUUCCCACCUACUCCCCUUUUUUCAGUGAAGUGCCGCUUUACCCUGCUGCCUUUGAAGCUCCCAUGUCUAUGCUUUAAACAGAAAGCCCUCUCUGUUUUUUUUCCAGUACACUGCACACACAAACCUCCAGCCAAUCAGAUAGCCCAUUCUAGCCUCGUCUCAAGUAGCGUUUCCCAGGCAAUGGUCAACAAUCCCCCCCACCACCUCUCUCCUGUCCCCCAUCAACACAUA